UCUUUUCUUUCUCCUAGCUACCGCUGGUAAAAUGUUUUCUUACUACUCUUCAUCUUCAACAUCACCCGCAUCCGGCGUUAAUUCUACGUGUAUAUCAACAAACACGACGCAUGACAUCCAUGCUGAUUACCAUCAGCAGACGUGGUCAACUGAGAAAACCGAAGAUUGGGUGCACGAAAGCUUGGAUGAUGUUGCGGAUGAUCAUGUUUCCCCAAGCAACAGCAGGCUAAUUAUAGACGCCGAUAAUGGUACUAAUAACAAGCAGGGGAUCAGCAUGGCCUCGACGAAGCUGCAGAGUGGUAAUAAAAUCAUAAAAGGUGAUCAUCAGAAGAGGUUAAAAGCCGGCCUUAAACGUGCUUUUCAAACGAGGAGUCAGGUUGAUAUACUUGAUGAUGGCUAUAGAUGGAGGAAAUAUGGCCAAAAGGCCGUCAAGAACAACAAAUUCCCAAGGAAUUACUAUCGUUGUACACAUCAAGGAUGCAAUGUAAAGAAGCAAGUUCAACGACUAUCAAAUGAGGAGGGGAUUGUGGUAACAACGUAUGAAGGAAUGCAUUCACAUCCCAUUGAGAAACCUACUAAUAACUUUGAGAAUAUUUUAACACAAAUGCAAAUCUAUUCACGUUAAUUAAAAUCCAUCAGAUACAUCACGCAUAAAAUAUUAAUUGUAUGUGGUACGGUACGUACGUGUUGCUAAUAAUGGUUUGUGUUCUUGAGUACUACUCCAUCGAUCUUAAUUAGAAAAUAUAAAAGGUGUUAAAA